AUGAGCUCAAUCGGCACUGGGUAUGAUCUAUCAGCUUCUACAUUCUCUCCGGAUGGAAGAGUUUUUCAAGUUGAAUAUGCUAUGAAGGCUGUGGAAAAUAGUAGUACAGCUAUUGGAAUCAGAUGUAAAGACGGCGUUGUCUUUGGGGUAGAAAAAUUAGUCCUGUCUAAACUUUAUGAAGAAGGUUCCAACAAACGACUUUUUAAUGUUGAUCGACAUGUUGGAAUGGCAGUAGCAGGUUUGUUGGCAGAUGCUCGUUCUUUAGCAGACAUUGCAAGAGAAGAGGCUUCCAACUUUAGAUCUAACUUUGGAUAUAACAUUCCACUAAAACAUCUUGCAGACAGAGUGGCCAUGUAUGUACACGCGUAUACACUCUACAGUGCUGUUAGACCUUUUGGCUGCAGUUUCAUGUUAGGGUCUUACAGUGUGAAUGACGGUGCACAACUCUACAUGAUUGACCCAUCGGGUGUUUCAUAUGGUUAUUGGGGCUGUGCCAUUGGCAAAGCCAGGCAGGCUGCAAAGACAGAAAUUGAAAAACUUCAGAUGAAAGAAAUGACAUGCCGUGAUGUUGUUAAAGAAGUUGCAAAAAUAAUUUAUAUAGUCCACGAUGAAGUUAAGGAUAAAGCUUUUGAACUAGAGCUCAGCUGGGUUGGUGAAAUAACUAAUGGAAGACAUGAAAUAGUUCCUAAAGAUAUAAGGGAAGAGGCAGAGAAAUAUGCCAAGGAAUCUUUGAAGGAAGAAGAUGAAUCAGAUGAUGAUAACAUGUAA